AUGAUGCUCUCCCGCGACUCCUGGCCAUCGAUGGGGCGCGGCGACGGCGACGGCGACUACUCGGACGACGGGAGCGACGGCGGUUACACGCUCCCCGCUCCCGAUCCGGCGCCGGUGGAGAAGCGUACACGGUUCCAGUGCAGCGCGUGCAAGAAGGUAUUCCGUUCCUACCAGGCUCUUGGCGGCCACCGCGCCAGCCACGUGCGUGGCGGCAGGGGCGGCUGUUGCGCGCCUCCCGUCGCUCCCCCUCCUCCUCCUCCGCAGCCGCUGGCACCGCUGCCAUUGAUGGAACGCGAGGGGGACGAGGACAUAGACGGGAAGGGGUCGCCACGGGAGUGCCCCUACUGCUACCGCGUGUUCGCCUCCGGGCAAGCUCUUGGUGGGCACAAGAGGUCCCAUGUUUGCUCCGCCGCCGCCUCUGCAGCACAGGCGCAUGCAGCCGCCGCUCCGCCGGACCCGAUCAAAGCCUUUGGCAUGAUCGAUCUGAACAUCGCGCUGCCGUUCGAGGAUGUGGAGCUCUCUGCCGUGUCAGAUCCCCGUUUCUCCUCCAAUCCAGGUUCUUGA